AUGGCAGCUCGGCUUACCUCCUCCUUCCCCAAUCUCCCCCAGUUCUCGGGGUUCCAGAAGCCCUGCCGACUGGAGGGCGAAAUCCAAGCGCUGCAAAUACACGGGGAGAUUCCGGCUGAUAUCAAUGGGACCUUCUAUCGUGUGAUGCCCGAUCCUCAAAUGCCUCCAUUCGUAGAGAAUGACUCGUGGUUUAACGGAGACGGCAACAUCACUGCCUUUGAAAUCAGCAAUGGCUCCGUCUCCUUUCGACAACGCUAUGUGAGAACGGAAAAGUUCGUGCGCGAGCGUUACGCGCAGCGUGCCUUGAUCGGGAAAUAUCGCAAUAAAUUCACCGAUGCCGUGGAGUUCAAAGUUCGAUCCACCGCAAACACAAACGUAGUCUAUUUCAAUGGCCAACUACUGGCUCUCAAAGAAGAUUCACCUCCCUACGCCUUGGACCCUGUCUCUUUGGAGACAAAGGGGUUGUAUGAUUUCAACGGACAGCUACCGAGUGUGACAUUCACGGCGCAUCCCAAGUUCGAUCCGGCGACGGGUGAGAUGAUCUGCUUUGGAUAUGAAGCCAAAGGAGACGGAACGCCAGAUGUCUGCUACUAUAAUGUCACACCGGACGGCAGAUUCACGGAGGUCGUUUGGCUCGUUGCGCCCGUUGUUGGCAUGAUUCAUGAUUUGGCCGUCACCGAGAAUUGGGUCCUCUUCCCUAUUAUCCCCCAGCUCUGCGAUAUCGAGAGGCUGAAACAAGGUGGAGAUCAUUGGCAAUGGAGUCCCGAAACGCCGUUCUAUGUCGGAGUCCUUCCUCGACGAGGUGCAAAGCCGUCCGACGUAAAGUGGUUCCGAUACAAGAACUGUUUCCCCAGUCACACCGCCAAUGCCUACGAAGACGAAAGUGGAAACCUCAUCUUCGAUCUCGGGCUGAGCGAGAAGAAUGUGUUCUUUUGGUGGCCAGAUGCCGAGGGCAAUGCGCCUGAGCCCAGUUCCAUUCUAUCCCAACUGGUCCGAUUCACGAUCAACCCGCGGUCUAAUGAUCUGGAUAUCCCCGCCCCGACGCUCAUCCAAAAAGACAACUCCGAUUUCUAUCGCAUUGACGAUCGCUUUGCCACCCAGCGUUACCGCCAUUGUUUCUGUAACUUGAUGGAUCCAGCGCUGGGCACCGAUUUCGCAGCCAUUGAGCCGAAACUGGGUGGUGGCUACCCGCUCUAUAAUGCUCUUGCUCAUGUGGACGUCACAACCGGCUCAACAGAGGUCUACUUCCCGGGCAAGACUCACAUGGUACAGGAACCGGUCUUUAUCCCCCGUGAGGGUUCAACCACGGAAGGCGAUGGCUAUGUGCUGUUUUUAGUCAACAACUAUGAUACAAUGUCGAGUGAGCUGCAUUUGGUGGACACCAAGGACUUUUCCAAAGCCAAGGCUGUCGUUCUUCUUCCUGUACGCUUACGCCAUGGCUUGCACGGAAGUUGGGUGGAUGCACGGGACAUGGCGCAGUGA